AUGAAACGCAACAAAAACCACCAUUCUCGCAUGGCACAGCUUGUGCGGUCUUUGGAGACAAUGAAAGCAGGCUUUAGCGCGACAAUGCAUGCCAUUGAGACGUUUUCCCAGACCACCCACGAGUUUGCGAAACUCAGCAUUGCAGAUAAUGCCGCAUAUGCUUCUAGCACAAGACCUUCCACCCUGCAACGAAGCGCAGGUCAUCGCAAAGUACUGAAUUGGUCAGCCAAAAUCAGGAAAUACUAUCCUCAUCCUGCUGCCGGCGCCCGAGUCUUCAAGAAUAGCGGGCUCUCUCUUGGGUCUGAAUUGCUCUUGUCACAAGGAACCCACGGAGACGAGAAUGCAACCCAGCUUGAACAUUUAAACUCGACGAGGAAGGAUUCCUUAGAAGAUUCUUGCCAUACCUCGGAGCGCCCAAGGGCAAAUUUUGGAUGUCUUCCUGAUGGUGCUUCACUUGGGAUCUCAAACCAUUCAAAUAAAGAGAAAGAAAGAAGAGCCGAACAGGACGGCGCGGACUGUCAAAAAGGUCAACAGAAGACUAAAGAGAAACAAGCAGCAUAUGCCCGAGAGCAUUACCUGAGAAACAAAGAGAAAAUGAAGUUACAAAUUCGAGCAUACAGGCAGAAGUAUUACCUGGAAAACAAAGCCAAGAUCGCCGCACAAGGACAAGAAUAUCGACAGAUAAACAAAGCCAAGAUAAGGGAAUAUCAACGAGAAUAUCGACAAAAGAACAAAGCCAAGAUAAUCGCACAAGAACGAGAAAACUACCAUAAGAACAAAGCCAAGAUCGCCGCACAACGACGAGAAAGCUACCAUAAGAACAAAGCCAAGAUAAGGGUACAACGUCAUGAAUUUCGACAGAUAAACAAAUCCAAGAUAAGGGAAUAUCAACGAGAAUAUCGACAAAAGAACAAAGCCAAGAUAAUCGUACAAGAACGAGAAUGGCGACAAAAGAACCAAGCCAAGAUCGCCACACAACGACGAGAGAAUCAACAAAAGAACAAAGCCAAGAUCGCCGCACAAAAACGAGAAUGGCGACAAAAGAACAAAGCCAAGAUCGCCGCGCAAAAACGAGAAUGGCAACAAAAGAACAAGGCCAAGAUCGCCGCACGACAACGGGAGUAUCGACAAAAAAAGAAAGCCAAGAUAGUAGCAUACCACUCGAAUCAUCAAGAGAAGAAGAAGAAGAAGAAGAAGAAGAAGAAGAAGAAAAAGCAAAGAUACAAAUAA